GUCGAUAGUGGCUAGACAAGGGUGUAUUUUUACUUAUGCUUGUUUCAUACCCCGAUUAGUACAGUGAAGGAUGGUUUAGUAUGGGAAGCCGGCAGCACUCAUUUGGAAGCCCACAAAAAUGACGAAAAUUUUUGUGAUAUUGUUUGUUACACUGCAAACAUGCAGUGCACAUUUGGUUCUAACGUUUCCCCCAGCGAGAAAAUAUGCUCUGGAUUUCCUUGACAACUUCAGAACGUCAGCUCCAUGUGGGGUUCCCCGUGGAUUUGGUCCAGUGACUGAAUUCAAAGCUGGAUCUCAAAUGAGGGUGACUUGGCAUGUGGCAUAUCCGCAUCAGGGUGGAUUUUUCCUUCAAGUUCUGGACAGAAGUAACCGGGAGGUGGUUCGCUACCAGCAGAGCGGUAUGAUCAUGUCAACCCCAGGGAGUAUACAAGUGGCUACGGGAGAACCAACGGCAGAGCCUACAGGAGAACCACCAGCGCCAGAGCCUACAGGAGAACCAACGGCAGAGCCUACAGGAGAACCACCAGCACCAGAGCCUACAGGAGAACCACCAGCACCAGAGCCUACAGGAGAACCACCAGCACCAGAGCCUACAGGAGAACCACCAGCACCAGAGCCUACAGGAGAACCACCAGCACCAGAGCCUACAGGAGAACCAACGGCAGAGCCUACAGGAGAACCACCAGCGCCAGAGCCUACAGGAGAACCGCCAGCACCAGAGCCUACAGGAGAACCAACGGCAGAGCCUAAAGGAGAACCUAACGCUGAACCUACAGGGGAACCAACUGCAGAACCAGGGGCACAGACAGGAGGCACCAUCGACCUUAUCGGAUACAACGACACAACCAUGGUAGAGUACACAAUCACCCUCCCCGACAUCGAGUGUGACGGCUGCACUCUGAGGAUGAUAAGACAAGCCCUUGAGUGGGGAUCCUGUUCCUCUCAGUAUCUCUUCUGGAGCUGCGCCGACAUCAACAUCGUGAAAGACAAUAACACUGAUCCGAAGACGAACUGUUCCGGGCACGGAACAUGGAAGGAUGGCCUCUGUUCCUGUAAUCAACUAUACAAGGGAGAUCGCUGCCAGUACAAAGAGGACUGUCAAGUAGACAGUGACUGUGGCGGACAUGGUCGAUGUGAAGACACCCAGGCCACGUCCUAUCCUCGGUUCCAGUGCUACUGUGACAUAGGAUGGUUCGGCAAGAACUGUGAGCAAGAGUCCAAGGUGAACACUACGAAUAUUGACUACAGUCUGUACGAGAUGAGGACCUUGAGCCCGGAGUAUGAGCUGUUCUACAGAGAAAUAACGGCAGAACAAGAACUGGAGGUUGUGAUGAAAGUGAAGAGCACUACAUGGGUAGGCCUUGGAUGGAAACCCACAGAUUUCAGAUCCGGAUGUCAGUCGUUCCCGAACUUUCCUGGUACAGUACCAAACACAAAUGGAGAGCCAGAACCUGAGGGAGAGUCGGAACUUGAGGGAGAGUCGGAACCUACGGCUGAAACAGAACAUACGGCUGAACCCGAAUCUACUUCAGAGCCAGAGCACGAACCCGAACCUACGGCUGAACCAGAACAUAAAGCUGAACCCGAAUCUACGGCUGAACCAGAACAUAAAGCAGAACCAGAAACAACUUCAGAGCCAGAGCACGAAGCAGAACCCGAGUCUACGGCUGAACCAGAGCACGAAGCAGAACCGGAAUCUACGGCUGAACCAGAGCAUGAAGCAGAACCCAAGUCUACGACUGAACCAGAGCACGAAGCAGAACCCGAAUCUACGGCUGAACCAGAGCACGAAGCAGAACCCGAAUCUACGGCUGAACCAGAGCACGAAGCAGAACCCGAAUCUACGGCUGAACCAGGACAGGAACCAGAACCAGAACCCGGAUCUUCAUCCGCUUUCGCAUCACCACCAUGUACUAUAAGAGCUGCAUCUUUUAUAGGAGGGACACCUGCACCCGAACCAACAGCCGAGGCUGAAGCCAGGGCAGAAGUAGAACCCGGGGCCGAGACUGAACCCGAAGCAACGGUAGAACCCGGGGCCGAGACUGAACCCGAAGCAACGGUAGAACCCGGGGCCGAGACUGAACCCGGAGCAGAAGUAGAACCCGGGGCAGAAGUAGAACCUACCCCAGAAAGUGAAACUAGCACAGGGGGUACCGGGGUUGCAACUCGUGGAAACAAGGAAGGUUCCCGCACCCAUCCCAUGGACUGUACGGAUAUGGUGAUCGGGUCUGCCCGGGGGAUGAGGAGCAGGGUGGGAGACUAUUACACCAGGGACAGAUCCACCCCUCAACAUGAUGACUUCUAUGGUGGAACUAACAGUCUCACAGCUGCCCUAGGCUUUGAGGAGAACGGAUAUACUAUUAUACUGUUCAGGAAGAAACUCACUGCCGAUGAGAGGGCUGACUAUAGUAUUGACGAGGUCCCAAUGUCCGUCAUCUGGGCAAGGGGUCAGGACACUGGGAAUUAUGUGCAUUUGCCAAGAUCGGGGCUGGAAGUUGGGCAAGCAGCGAAUCCCAAGUACUACAAUGAAGAUGAGCUGAAAUAUCAUGGACACAGGCCGAACAGGGGCGCUGCUACUAUAAACUUCAGAGAGAAGACAGAACUUCCAAGCGGAUGCACCGGUCAGUGGCCAGCCACGUGCAACAACUGCCCCUACCAGGUGACAUGGGUCGUGGACGUGGCCAACGACAUGGUCAACUUCACGAUCACCGCCAGGCUGAAUGGGGCGAGGAGAUGGAUAGGACUCGGAUUCUCACCCACUGGGAGAAUGCCUUCUUCCGACGCUGUGAUCGGAUGGGUGGAUGAUUCUGGUGUUCACAUUUCUGAUAGGUUCCUCACCGGAUACAGUCCCCCGCAAAUUGACGCAGUAGAGAACUUAGUGGGCACAUCAGGAACGCUCACCAAUGGAGUUACUGAGAUAAAGUUCUCCCGUAAAAGAAACACCGGUCAGUCUCAGGAUUUCACCUUCACAGACACCGACACCGGGUGUCCCUUCUUGUUGUUCCCCGUGGGAGGGGCAUAUAACCCAACAACUCUGGGCAUCUCCCAACACGCAGCCACGCCCCAGGUGUCCGCUCAGAGAAUAUGCUUCAGCAGCACAUGUGCGGGUUCAGCCAGCAAUGGCGCUCCUCAACCAUCACUGAAGCUCGUCGCAUCACUGCGCUUUCCAAAUCUUCAGUAUUCACCCCUAUAUGCCAACAAGUCAUCAGAUGCAUUCAAGAACCUGAAGGGGCUAUUGGAAAGAGAGAUGAGCAAGCUGUCCAAACCUGGAACAAUUGUAACUAUUGAAGUUGUCAGUAUAAGAUCGGGGAGUGUCAUUGCUGAUUUUGAGGUGACUUCCAACACUACAACCGAAGACACCUUAAAACGUGACACAGAAACCCUCUUCAAGUCUAUUCAGUCCAAUGGCAGAGUGGGCGACUACGCUGUAGACCCUGCCUAUCUAACAGUUAACAAUCCUGAUAAAGAAGAAACAGAGUUUCAGUUCAUUGCCUCCCUGCGGUUUCCCAGUCUCACCUACACAGCUGACUAUGCCAACAAGGGGUCGACUGUUUUCAUGCUACUGAAGAACCACUUUGAUAACGAGAUGAAGGAUCUGCUCAAACCCAAUACUAUAAAAAGUAUUGAAGUUAUCAAUAUACGGAACGGAAGUGUUAUUGCUGACUUUGUAGUAAAAUCAACAUCAAGCGCAACGAACAAUGAAACGUUUCAAGAUGAUGUGAUGAACUUCUUCAAGUCUAUCCGGACCAUCGGCAAUGUUGCUGGAUAUGCCGUGGAUCCUAUCUUCCCCAUAGUUGAAACUAGCAGCCAAGAAGAACCUACAGAGAUGCCAGAAGGCUGUAUGGGUCAGUGGCCAGCCGAGUGUGACGAUUGCAGCUACCAAGUGAAAUGGGUCGUUGAUGUUGCCAAUGACGUAGUAAACUUCACCAUUACCGCCAGGUUGGAGGGUCAGAAGAAAUGGAUUGGACUUGCAUUCUCACCAACAGGGAGAAUGAGAAACUCGGAUGCAGUUAUCGGAUGGGUGGAUGGCACCGACUCUUAUAUCUCAGACAGAUUCAUAGUUGGCUACAGCCCACCUGCAUUAGAUACCGUGGACGACCUGGUUGGUAAAGAAGGGACAAUGGAAAAUGGUGUGACUGUGAUAAGGUUCUCCCGCCCAAGAAAUACCAGCCAGACUCAAGAUUACAUCUUCACCGACACUGACUGUCCGUACUUGCUGUUCCCUGUGGGUGGUGGCAACUAUAACGCAGCAGACAGGAGUGUAUCCAAACAUGACAUUACACCAUCCGUGUCGGCUCAAAGAAUCUGCUUCAGCAGUGCAUGCGCCAGCAAAGAACCCAAACCAACAUAUGAGUUCAUCGUCUCUUUGCGGUUCCCAAGUCUUCAAUACUCACCCGAAUACGCUAAUAAGAUGUCAAAUGUUUACUUGCUACUGAAGGAUACGUUUGAUAAAGAGAUGAAGGACUUACUGAAACCCAAAAGUAUCCAAGGUAUUGAAGUAAUCAACUUUAGCAAUGGAAGUAUUAUUGCUGACUUUCUGGUAAAAUCGUCCCAAAACGCAACGAACAAUGAAACCUUUCAAGGCGAUGUAAGGACAUUCUUCAAGUCUGUUAAGGUUCUUGGUAAUGUUGGCGCUUAUCGUGUGGAUCCUUCCUAUCCCUUAGUCAGGUCGGAUGUCCAGCCAGAAGAACCUCCAGAGAUGCCAGAAGGCUGUAUGGGUCAGUGGCCAGCCGUCUGUGACGAUUGCAGGUACCAAGUGAAAUGGGUCGUUGAUGUUGCCAAUGACGUAGUAAACUUCACCAUUACCGCCAGGUUGGAGGGUCAGAAGAAAUGGAUUGGACUUGCAUUCUCACCAACAGGGAGAAUGAGUAACUCGGAUGCAGUUAUCGGCUGGGUGGAUGGUUCCAACGUUUACAUCUCAGACAGAUAUAUAGUUGGCUACAGCCCACCUGCAAUAGAUACCGAGGACGACCUGUUUGGUAAACGAGGGACAACAGAAAAUGGUGUCACUGAGAUAAAGUUCUCACGUCCAAGAAAUACCAGCCAGACUCAAGAUUUCACCUUCACCGAUACUGACUGUCCGUACUUGCUGUUCCCUGUGGGUGGUGGCAACUAUAACGCAGCAGACAAGAGUGUAUCCAAACAUGACAUUACACCAUCCGUGUCGGCUCAAAAAAAUCUGCUUCAGCAGUGCAUGCGCUAUCUCCAAUACUCACCCGAAUACGCUAAUAAGAUGUCAAAUGUUUACUUGCUUCUGAAGGACUCAAUUGAGAAAGAGAUGAAGGACUUACUGACACCAAAAAGUAUCAAAAGUAUUGAAGUAAUCAACUUAAGGAAUGGAAGCAUUAUUGCUGACUUUGUGGUAAAAUCGUCCCAAAAUGCAACGAACAAUGAAACCUUUCAAGGCGAUGUAAGGACAUUCUUCAAGUCUGUUAAGGUUCUUGGUAAUGUUGGCGCUUAUCGUGUGGAUCCUUCCUAUCCCUUAGGUCAAGUCGGAUGUCCAGCCAGGAGAACCAACAGAGAUGCCAGAAGGCUGUAUGGAUUAGAGGGUCAGAAGAAAUGGAUUGGACUUGCAUUCUCACCAACACGGAGAAUGAGUAACUCGGAUGCAGUUAUCGGCUGGGUGGAUGGUUCCAACGUUUACAUCUCAGACAGAUAUAUAGUUGGCUACAGCCCACCUGCAUUAGAUACCGAGGACGACCUGUUUGGUAAACGAGGGACAAUUGAAAAUGGUGUGACUGAGAUAAAGUUCUCACGUCCAAGAAAUACCAGCCAGACUCAAGAUUUCACCUUCACCGACACUGACUGUCCGUACUUGCUGUUCCCUGUGGGUGGUGGCAACUAUAACGCAGCAGACAAGAGUGUAUCCAAACAUGACAUUACACCAUCCGUGUCGGCUCAAAAAAUCUGCUUCAGCAGUGCAUGCGCUAGCAAAGAACCCAAACCGACUUUCGAGUUCAUCGUCUCCUUGCGGUUCCCAAGUCUCCAAUACUCACCCGAAUACGCUAAUAAGAUGUCAAAUGUUUACUUGCUUCUGAAGGACUCAAUUGAGAAAGAGAUGAAGGACUUACUGACACCAAAAAGUAUCAAAAGUAUUGAAGUAAUCAACUUAAGGAAUGGAAGUAUUAUUGCUGACUUUGUGGUAAAAUCGUCCCAAAAUGCAACGAACAAUGAAACCUUUCAAGGCGAUGUAAGGACAUUCUUCAAGUCUGUUAAGGCUCUUGGUAAUGUUGGCGCUUAUCGUGUGGAUCCUUCCUAUCCCUUAGUCAAGUCGGAUGUCCAGCCAGAAGAACCUACAGAGAUGCCAGAAGGCUGUAUGGGUCAGUGGCCAGCCGUCUGUGACGAUUGCAGGUACCAAGUGAAAUGGGUCGUUGAUGUUGUCAAUGACGUAGUAAACUUCACCAUUACCGCCAGGUUGGAGGGUCAGAAGAAAUGGAUUGGACUUGCAUUCUCACCAACAGGGAGAAUGAGUAACUCGGAUGCAGUUAUCGGCUGGGUGGAUGGUUCCAACGUUUACAUCUCAGACAGAUAUAUAGUUGGCUACAGCCCACCUGCAAUAGAUACCGAGGACGACCUGUUUGGUAAACGAGGGACAACAGAAAAUGGUGUCACUGAGAUAAAGUUCUCACGUCCAAGAAAUACCAGCCAGACUCAAGAUUUCACCUUCACCGAUACUGACUGUCCGUACUUGCUGUUCCCUGUGGGUGGUGGCAACUAUAACGCAGCAGACAAGAGUGUAUCCAAACAUGACAUUACACCAUCCGUGUCGGCUCAAAAAAUCUGCUUCAGCAGUGCAUGCGCUAGCAAAGAACCCAAACCGACAUAUGAGUUCAUCGUCGCCUUGAGGUUCCCAAGUCUUCAAUACACGACCGAAUACGCUAACAAGAUGUCAAAUGUUUACUUGCUACUGAAGGAUACGUUAGACAAAGAGAUGAAGGAUUUACUGACACCAAUAAGUAUCAAAAGUAUUGAAGUAAUCAACUUAAGGAAUGGAAGUAUUAUUGCUGACUUUCUGGUAAAAUCGUCCCAAAACGCAACGAACAAUGAAACCUUUCAAGGCGAUGUAAGGACAUUCUUCAAGUCUGUUAAGGCUCUUGGUAAUGUUGGUGCUUAUCGUGUGGAUCCUUCCUAUCCCUUAGUCAAGUCGGAUGUCCAGCCAGAAGAACCUAUAGAUAUGCCAGAAGGCUGUAUGGGUCAGUGGCCAGCUGUGUGUGAGGGUUGCAAAUAUCAAGUGAAAUGGGUCGUUGAUGUUGCCAAUGAUGUAGUCAACUUCACCGUUACCGCCAGGUUGGAGGGUCAGAAGAAAUGGAUUGGACUUGCAUUCUCACCAACAGGAAGAAUGAGUAACUCGGAUGCUGUCAUCGGUUGGGUUGAUGGUUCCAACGUUUACGUGUCAGACAGGCACAUCACCGGGUAUAACCCACCUGUAAUUGACGCACAGCAGGACCUGCUGGAUGCUCGGGGAACGCUAGUCGACGGUGUCACUGAGAUUACCUUCUCUCGUAAAAGAAAUACUGGUGGACUUCAAGAUUUUACCUUCACCGACACCGACUGUCCAUUCUUGAUCUUCCCCGUUGGCGGCGGCGGCUACAACGCAGCUGACAAGAGUAUCUCCAAGCAUGACACAACGCCCGAGGUGUCAGCUCAAAGAAUCUGUUUCAGCAGUACAUGUGCUAAUAAUGCAACAAAACCAACGUUUCAGUUCACAGCUUCCCUGCGGUUUCCAAACCUGCAGUACACAACCGACUUCGCCAACAAGAUGUCCAAUGUCUUCAUCCUACUGAAAAGCCAAUUAGAUAAAGAGAUGAAUCUCCUGCCGAAACCGAGUACAGUGCAGAAAAUUGAAGUUAUCAAUCUACGGGAAGGAAGUGUCAUAGCCGACUUCCUAGUUACCUCCAAUACAGAGAGCAAUCAGACCUUCCAAGAAGAUUCCCUGAAAUUCUUCACGUCUGUGCAGACUCUGGGAAGUGUUGCAGGACACACCCUUGAUACGUCCUAUCCAGUAGUGAAGGGUGCCCAACAACAAGGUAACGGGAACAUGUUUCAAGGCAAGUGUACAGGCCAGUGGCCUGCCGUCUGUAAUAACUGCCCGUAUCAAGUCAAGUGGGUUGUGGACUCCGUUAAAGAUGAGGUAACCUUCACCAUCAUCGCCAGGUUAAAUGGCCAACAGAAAUGGAUAGGACUUGGGUUCUCCCCAAGUGGUCAGAUGGACAAAACUGAUGCUGUCAUAGGAUGGGUGGAAGGAUCAAGUGUCUAUGUUUCAAACAGGCACAUCACUGGGUACAGCCCACCUGCCCUGGAUGCUGAACAGAACCUGAUGAAUACUCGGGGGACACUAGUCGAUGGUGUCACUGAGAUUACCUUCUCUCGUAAAAGAAAUACCGGUCGAGAUGAAGAUUUUACAUUCACCCGACACCGACUGUCCAUACUUGAUCUUCCCUGUUGGUGGUGGCGGAUACAAUGCGGCUGACAAGAGUAUCUCCAAGCAUGACACAACGCCCAUGGUGUCAACUCAAAGAAUCUGUUUCAGCAACAAAUGUGCUGCUGAGGUGGUCAGCCAAGGCGCUGUUCCACCUCCAGCUCCGGCUCCAGCUCCCGACCACGUUGUCAUCAUCGUCGUCUGCAUCAGCGUCGUCUUGUGCUUCCUUGGCGUCAUCGUGGGUAUCUACAAGAUCAGGGAAAUAAAGAGUAUGCAGCUUUCCAAGAAACUCAACCCGCCCAAUGACGACAAAAAGAGACUAGAUCCCCGAGACGACAGGCCUUACAACAGAGGCCCCUACCUUGGGCAUGCUCGAAGGAACUCACCUCGCAUGUCCGACACCAACUUCAUGCCGCAUAUUCACGCCAGUGGAAGAAAACAGGACCCUCGAAGAUCAUUCAACGAUGUGUACUAUCCUUGAAUCUUGUAUGUCUAUCAGAAAUCCCAUAUGAACUUAAAUAUGAACACCCUAAAUACUCAUUUUGUAAUGAUAUUAUUGCAUUAUAUGUAUGAAUAUGCACGUGCACAUCUUAAACGUAAUUACUCCAGGAUACUUCAGGAUUUAAAAUUUAAAUGUGAAAAAAUCAUUAAGGCAAUUACAAGCCAUAUCGUUUUCAGAUAACUUUAAUGUAUUUUGUAGUUUAAUUUUUUGGAUGCUGACAUGCAUACAUUCAAUAUGGUUGGAUAAAACGCGUGCCUUUGAUGAGUGGUAUAGAAAGUCUCAAGAAAAUUCAUAUGACUCCUUCAGGUCUUCCACAUUAUAUCGGUUGUGAUUGAAAUAGAGCAGUAUUGCCUGUGACGUUACAAUUUACAGUAUACUUUUUUUAUAUCCCUUUUCUCUUUUGAUGACAAGAAGUAGCUUUGAAACAUAGUUGCGGACAAUUGUUAUUUGUAAACAUUUCUAACAAGACGUGAAAUAAAGAUUUCUAACCACC